AUGUUGAAAAGCGAACAGCUGGGCUGCCAUUACUCCUGUGAUCAGAAAGUGGUUGUUGUGGUGCAGUCUACCCACAUUGCUCGAGCCAGCUUCCAGGUUGAUGCUUUUGGAUCAUCUUUCAUCCUAGAUGUGACGCUAAACCAUGACCUGCUGUCUUCUGAAUAUCUUGAGAGGCAUAUUGAGCAAGGUGGGAAGACAGUGGAAGUUAAAGGAGGAGAACAUUGCUAUUAUCAGGGAGAAAUUCGAGGAAAUCCUGUAUCAUUUGUUGCCUUGUCAACAUGCCAUGGAUUACAUGGGAUGUUCUAUGAUGGAAAUCAUACUUACCUUAUAGAGCCAGAUGAAAACUACACUUCAGAUGAUGACUUCCAUUUCCACUCUGUUUACAAAUCCAAGUUGUUUGAGUUUCCUUCGGAUGACCUGCCAUCUGAGUUCUGGCAAAUGAAUACUACAUCACAGAAGUUUGUUGUAAAGCCAAGACACAAAAGAAGUAAAAGGCAGGUUCGUCAGAUUCCACGUAAAGUUGAAGAGGAAACAAAAUACAUUGAGUUAAUGAUUGUAAAUGAUCAUCUAAUGUGUAAAAAGCACCGCUUGUCAGUCGGCCAUACAAACAGCUAUGCUAAAUCGGUUGUGAACAUGGCAGAUUUAAUAUAUAAAGAACAACUUAACACCAGGAUAGUAUUGGUUGCCAUGGAAACCUGGGCUACUGAUAACAAGUUCACCAUAUCUGAAAACCCCUUGGUGACCCUACGUGAGUUUAUGAAAUAUAGGAGGGAUUUUAUCAGAGAGAAAAGUGACGCAGUUCACCUUUUUUCGGGGAGUCGAUUUCAGAGCAGUCGGAGUGGUGUAGCCCACACUGGUGGAAUCUGCUCCUUGCUUAAAGGUGGAGGUGUGAAUGAGUUUGGAAAGCCAGACUUAAUGGCAGUUACUCUGGCACAGACCUUGGCCCAAAACAUUGGCAUUUUCUCAGAUAGAAGAAAGCUUAUAAGUGGUGAGUGUAAGUGUGAGGACACGUGGUCUGGAUGCAUAAUGGGAGACACGGGAUAUUAUCUUCCAAGCAAGUUCUCCAAAUGUGAUAUUGAAGAGUAUCAUGAAUUUUUAAACAAUGGAGGUGGAGCCUGCCUUUUCAAUAAACCAACCAAACUUCUGGAUCCUCCAGAAUGUGGCAAUGGCUUUGUGGAAGAUGGAGAAGAAUGUGACUGUGGGACGAUAGCGGAGUGUGCCAGCGAAGGAGGAGAGUGCUGCAAUACUUGCACCCUGACGGCAGGUUCCCAGUGCAGCAACGGGCUUUGCUGUCGGAAGUGCCGGUUUGAACCUAAAGGAGUUUUGUGCCGAGAAGCAGUGAAUGAUUGUGAUAUUGCAGAGAACUGCACAGGAAAUUCCAGUCAGUGUUCUCCCAAUAUUCAUAAAAUGGAUGGAUAUUCGUGUGAUAACAAGCAGGGUAUUUGUUUUGGAGGAAGAUGUAAAACCAGGGACAGGCAGUGUAAAUAUAUCUGGGGUGAAAAAGUGACAGCUGCUGACAGGUACUGCUAUGAGAAGCUGAAUAUUGAAGGGACUGAGAAAGGAAACUGUGGAAGAGACAAGGACUCUUGGAUACAGUGCAAUAAACAGGAUGUGCUUUGUGGAUACCUUCUGUGCUCCAAUAUAUCCAGUGUGCCCAGACUUGGAGAACUUGAUGGUGAAAUCACGUCGUCAAUCUUGCAGUUUGGAAAAGUCUACAAUUGCAGUGGCGGCCAUGUGAAGCUUGAUGAGGAGACGGACCUGGGCUAUGUGGAGAACGGGACACCGUGUGGGCCAAACAUGGUGUGCCUUGAGCAUCGCUGCCUCCCCACCGAGGCCUUCAACUUCAGUACCUGCCCAGGCACCACAGACAGCCAAAUUUGUUCAGGACAUGGUGUUUGUAGCAAUGAAAUAAAGUGUGUCUGUGACCGAUUCUGGGGAGGAGAUGACUGCAGUUUUCGCAUCAAAGAUGAUAUAUUUUUUGAUAAAGAUGCCAUCAAUAAAGGUGUUGUUAGCACAAAUAUAAUAAUAGGGGCUAUUGCUGGCACCAUUUUAGUGUUGGCUCUCGUUUUAGGAAUAACUGGUUGGGGUUACAAAAACUACAGAAGACAGAGGUCAAAUGGAUUAUCUCAUUCCUGGAGUGAAAGGAUCCCAGACACAAAACAUAUUUCAGACAUUUGUGAAAAUGGGAGGCCUAGGAGUAAUUCUUGGCAAGGUAAUGUAGGAGGAAACAGAAAGAAAGUCAGAGGCAAAAGAUUUAGGCCACGGUCUAAUUCAACUGAGUAUUUAAACCCAUGGUUCAAAAGAGAAUAUAAUGUAGCUAAGUGGGUAGAAGAUGUGAAUAAAAACACUGAAGGACCAUACUUUAGGACACUGUCUCCUGCAAAGUCUCCAUCUUCGUCCACUGGAUCUAUUGCUUCCAGCAGAAAAUACCCUUACCCGAUGCCACCACUUCCUGACGAGGAGAAAAAAGCCAACAGGCAAAGUGCCAGGCUAUGGGAGACGUCCAUUUAGCCGCACUGUUUUCCUGGGGUGACAUCAGAACUGUUUACUUUGAAUUUUAUAGAAACUCAGCAUCACUGAGUCAUUGCACAUUCAUCUGCUCUUCAGACAAUUCAAAAGAUCAACAGAGAUGCCGUGAUCACAGUGAGAACCUCCUCUCAUCUGGAAGGGAAAGAAGCAGUCUUUUUUUUCUUUCUUUUUUGUUGACUGGUAUUUUAUGGAUUUGAUGAACAACCAAAAUCAUAACAAUUAACAGGGGAUAAUUAGCCCGGCCGUGACAAGGCUGUUCCGCAUGACGACAGAUACACUUACCCAGAAUCCCAACUGCAGUCUGUUUGCCAGUCCUGCGUAAGAGGGGUUUUUCUCUGGUUUAAUGCAGUCCUGAGUCAGAGCAGAGUGGAACUGGGAAGGCGCCUCCUGGAGAGCCCAGCCGAUGUAAACUUGUACGCUGUAUGCAUGAACCUUGGUGUUCUUUACUUUCCACAUGUAAGGGAUAAACAACAUACUGUCGUAGAAACUAGCAUGCAGGAGUAAGAAAUAUAGGAUUUUUUUUGUGACAGGAUUUCAAGCUUUGAAAGGCAACUACUUGACACAAAUGUCAAACAAACAAGGAUUAUAUCUUUUUUUUUUUUUACCGUACGUGUUUAUAAUCUCAGUAUACAGAUUGUAUAUAUGUAAACAUUUGAUAAUGUCAAAAAUAGCUGUUAUACAUAAGUGUAUUUUGCCAAAUGCCUAAAGAAACAGUCAUGACUAACAUCAUCACACUUCAGAUUUUCUAAUAUUACGAGCAGACAACUUUGGAAAUAC